AUAUCUUCAAUGACGACCGUCUAUGCUAUGAAUGCAGGCGCUGACAAUACCGAACCGCGGGAAUAAAGCGUGCGCAUGUGCUAUGCGUAUGAAUCACAAAUCAGAUGUUUUUUUUUUGACCUAGGAUAGGACAAACACAACACUCAAAGCUCUGACAAAUAUAUCUGUUUUCGUGGAAACAUUAUGGAAUACUCGCGGUCUUUUAUUCGCUAUUCGAAGACGAGGAAAGGAGACAUAUGAGGAGGGAUAAGGUUCAAGUGGAUUUGAAUCUAUCGACUAUCAGUCAUCGAUUCUCUAAAGUUACACAUCGCCCCAAGUCGCCUCGUUUCAGCGCUCAUAAUUAUGAUAUCUCACGGCGAGUAGCGAGAACAACAUGUCCGCUGUGUUCCGAAUCGGUGUCGUCCGUGGCGAUCGUUUGUUUACUAGCGGUCCGAUAUGAUAAUACGCGCGCGAUAUACACGACUUUUUGUCUAGCUGCCAUACUAUGAAUGAAUUAUCGUCUCGUAGAGACGCGAUACGCACACCACUUCUGUCUGCCUUUUCCUCUUCAAACAUCUCUGACACGGAGAAACUCUUGUAUGGGUUAAGGGUUCGAGAUCGAACCUGAUAUCAGCUGCUUCACCCUGUAAACGGCCUUUAAGACGAGCACGAUGCAUCUUCGCGCAGUGACGCCGUACGACGAUCUUACGCGUACGAAAAUUCUGUAUGUGCAUUGAAUGAGAAUGACGGAACCGGUACUUUGCCGGCUGUGUGCCGAGACCAAGACGAAUCUCAUCGGGAUCUACGAAGCUGAGGGACAGAAACUCGCGAUUGAGGCUAAGAUUGCAAAGUGUUUGCAAAUACAGGUUCUAAUAACAGACAGCUUGCCACUUACGGUUUGCAUAGAUUGCUGUGAUUUGUUGAAUCAAUGCAGCGAGUUUUUUGAAAAGACCAAUAAAGCACAAAUAUCGCUAAAACAAUUAUUAAUUAAUUUAAAGCCUGAACCACAACCGAUAGAACCAAAUAUAGAUUACGUGGAAGAGACUAUAGAGUUUCCAAAGGAUGAAGUCAACAACAGGGAAGAGAUAGCUGAGUGUCAAUCAGCUGACAAUUAUAUCAAUGAUACAGUCAAUGUUUUGAAUACUUAUGAUUUUAUUGAAGGAUGUAAUAAAAGUGACAGUUCCAAAACUCAGGAAACACAAGAUAAUAUAAAACAGAAGAAGUGUAAGAUACAGAUGAAAAAGAGUUCUCCUAAACAGACUAAGAAAAGAUUAAAGAGGAGAAAUCAGAUACAAAGAAUGGAAGAAGAAUCUGAGCUCCAUAUGUCUUCCCAGAUAGACAAGGAACAGAAUGAUGCAGCUGUGAAAAAUAAUUUGAAGAUUGUAGAUAAUUAUAUAUCUGAGACAGAAUCUAAUUUAGAAAUGAGAGAAACACGGACAAUGGAAACAACUAAGCAUGGAAGGAAAAAGACAGAAAGUUUAGAGAGAUAUCCUUGGCUGUGUACCGAUUGCAAUGACAAAUUACCAAGUCUAGAAGCAUUAGAGGAACACCAUGAAACAGUGCAUAAUCAAAAAGCCAAGUAUAUGUGUGUGCAAUGUUGUAAGGUUUAUGAUAAAUACUAUGGGUUUCUUACUCAUGUUAAGAGGCACAAGAAUAAGGCAAAGUUUAGCUGUGAAGAUUGUGGAAAGUCGUUUGUACAUAAAAAAGUAUUAGACUCUCAUAAGACAAUUCACAGUGAAGAACGGCCAUUUGUAUGCCAAACUUGUGGUAAAGCUUUUAGACAGCAAAGUGCUUUAUAUAUUCAUAAUCGAUGUCAUUUACCCGAUACUGUGAAAAACAGAUAUCCAUGUGAUCAAUGUGAUAAGAGAUUUUCUACAAAACCAAAUCUAGUAACGCACAAACGUAUUCAUUCUGGUGUCAGAAACUUUACAUGCGAUCAAUGUGGUAAGAGUUUUAUACAGAAAGGAAAUUUAGAAGCCCAUUUUUUAACUCAUUCUGUGGAUAAGCCAUAUAGCUGCUCUCAAUGUCCAAAAGCAUUUAAAACACCUUUGCAAUUGAAGAAACAUGAGACAGUGCAUACAGGUGCCAAGCCGCAUCAAUGUGAUGUGUGCGGAAGAACCUUUAGGGAGAAAGGAACUUUAAGGGAACAUCAUAGAAUACAUACCGGUGCUAUGCCAUUUACUUGUGAAUUUUGCGGGAAACGCUUCCGUUUCAAAGGAAUAUUAACUACACAUAGGCGACAGCAUACGGGAGAGCGUCCGUAUAGUUGUUUAGAAUGUCAGCAUCACUUUACAAAUUGGCCAAAUUAUAAUAAGCAUAUGAAGCGUCGACAUGGAAUCAAUACUUCUCACACUAAACAUCUGACCAACAAUCAGCAAUUACAACAGACGACAGAACAAACACAGCCUCUCGAGGAAGAAAAUCCGCUCUCUGUACCUCAAACAGAAUCUCCGACAGCGCAAGUAAUACAAGCAGUUCCUUAUGCUUCAACAUCACAACCCAUAGUUAUCCAAGCUAUUCCAACAACUACUAUUCAGACUUUCCAAACGGACGUCAAUGGUACUGUUCAAGAAACUGUAUUCAGAGAACGAAACACGACUUAUUUCAAUGCAGUACCGACCGCACUUCAAAGUUUUUUGCCAACAAACUUGCCGUAUAAUUUUUAUAGCAUUUCAAAUGUUACGGAAAAUGAUUUAAUCCAACAUAGAUAAAAUUGUUUCUUAAGACCAAGCUUAAAUAAAGAUAACUGUUUUUGUGCUGAUCGAUUAUGAAUCGAAAUAUAUACAAUAAUAAUGUAAUGUUAUUAAAAUUACAUAAUACAAUAUACGUAAAUACAUACAAAGAUAUAAUUACAAACUGAGGAACAAGAAAUUUUAUUGAUAAUCAAAUGUAAAUUAAAUGAAUCCAUUAGUUUGAUGAAAUUAACUUUUAAUUAAUUAAAAUAAUGAAUUUUAUAAA